AUGGGGGGUCAGUGGGUGACACCAGGUGACAUUGGUGGCAUUGAGGUGACAGUGGGUGACACCAGCCGUUCCAAGGACGUCCUGGAGCCCUUGGCUGUCCCUCAGUGGUUCGUUCGGUGCCAGUCUCUGGGCGGUGCCGCAGCCGCCGCCGUUCGAAGGGGGGACCUGCGGCUGCACCCCCCCGGCCACGCCCGAACCUGGUUCACCUGGAUGGACAACAUCAGGGACUGGUGCAUCUCUCGGCAGCUCUGGUGGGGGCACCGGAUCCCCGCCUACUUUGUCACCAUCGACGACCCCAAAGUGCCCCCCGGGCAGGACGAGGAUGGUCAGUUCUGGGUCAGUGGCCGGACGGAGGACGAGGCUCGAGCCAAAGCUGCUGCAGCUUUUGGGGUCCCCCAGGACAAAGUGACCCUCAGACAAGACGAGGACGUUCUGGACACCUGGUUCUCCUCCGGCCUCUUCCCCUUCUCCAUCUUCGGGUGGCCCGACCCG